UGCAUUUCAAGAGCCAAGACAGAUUCGGCUGUGAUUCCGACAAAAGGAUAGAACCGUCUUCAAACAAACAAAGAGUCCAUACCACCACAUGAAGUACAACUAAUAUUCAGAACACUGGUUCAGCUUGGGACCGGAGACAACACAGAUGGCACACAACAAGGGGUUGUCCCUGUCCACUGCCCGUGGUCGUGACAUUUAUGUUGGAAGUCAAAUCAGGGAUUCCAUUUCCCUUCUGGAUGUUUUGUACUCAAAUGAAUUUGAAGAAGAGGACAUAGACUCAGCAGUAGCGAAAAAGGCAGAGGUAGAUUUUUACAGAGGAGCCCCACCUCAAUGGCUUAACUUCUGCUGGGCUGAAAAGGCAACAUCAGCUGAUGAAACUACCCCCUUUAUCAAAAGAGACGGGUACACGGAGCUGAUACAAAAUAUUAAGAAACGGCAUAAGGGCGACCUGACUUCUACCAUGAAUCUGCUGCAUCAGCCAGGCAGCGGAGGAACCACUCUGGCCAAGCAGGUGCUCUGGGAUAUGAGGAAAACAUUCAGAUGUGCUGUUCUGACAGGUGCUACCUCAGACAUCACAGCUAUCGCCAAGCAGGUGAUUCACCUUUUCACUGCAGGCAGUCAACGCCAGCAGAACACUGUGCUCUUACUGCUGGAAGAUGAGCGUAUUCUGGAGAAUCUGCAGGAUGCCAUCAUGAAAGAGAUUACAGACCGAAACAUUACAACCCACAUGGCUGUGGUCAUCAUUUUAAACUGUGUGCGUAAGGAAGUUAUCAAACAAGAGGACCAUAACAAAUCAAGACAUGUUAUUCUCAGGGCGGAACUUUCUGAAGCAGAGAAACAACAGUUUGAGGAGAAACAAAUUGAGAUCAGUCGAAACUACAGCAAUGAACACAAACAGUUUCAUGGCUUUAACAUAAUGCGAGAAAAUUUCAGUGGAGAUUAUGUUAAAGAAACGUGUGCCUUUUUAGAUGUCAGGAAAAAAAGAAGACCUAAAAAAUCCCAGCUUCUUGCAUUCUUAUCACUGGUGAAUGCCUACGUCCCUGGAUCCCACUUUCUGCAGUCUCAAUGUCAGGCAUUCCUGGGGCCUCCAGAUCCCAUUUAUGGAGGCCCUUCCUUUGAGCAGCGAAUGGAGCCUUUCAGUCAUCUGAUAGUGACAUUCCCUUCACAACAGGGACAAGACAAACAUGUCCGCAUGGCUCACCCACUGAUUGCACAGCAGUGUGUUAAGGUAUUGGCUAUGGCAGGUGUGCCCAGGAGUGAUACAGCAAGGAACUUUCUGAUAGACUUUUGUGGAGAAGAGGUGCAGCAACAUUUGAUGCCUGUCAUCAAAGACAUGCUAACUAAGAGGGAAAUCACAGUGGACCAUCAGCAGAAUACAGGACCUGUAUGUGUUUUACAAAACAAGCCAACAAAAAGGGAAAUGGGAGAAGAGAGGAAAGACACGUUUUCCAGGUUGAUUCACGAUAUUGAAGCCAAUGAACCCAUAAGCAAUUGUGUAUCAGUUUUGCAAUUAGCUUCAGAGAAAAUCACGCAAAACCCAUUUUUUCCUCAAGCUCUUGCUCGUUUCUUUUACAUUGUGAUGAGAGACUAUUCUAAAGCGGAGGAGUGGGCAAAAAUAGCAAAAGACAGAGAUCCUAAGAAUUCUUUUGUUGCUGACACUCUGGGGCAAGUAUACAAGAACCAUUUAAAUAGCAGGGUCCAUGUUCCUUCCAUCUCUGCACAAGACAUCUUGCAACUGGCAGUAAAGGCCUUUGAGGCUUUCAAAGAUGUGGAAAGGGCUGCUGAAAAUGAGCAAGGAGCAGACAUGCAAGAUGAUGGUAUGACAAAAGUCUCACACAUCUUUAACAACAGGGGACUAUUUGGUUAUCUACAGGUUGCCAACAUCGUUUUUGACUCACUUGUCUCUCUUGACAAUAACUGGCAAAAGGUCCUUACCAUGGAAAUAUCUGCUGACUCCUUUUUCUUAUCAAUCAGACAGAAAAAGCUAUUCGAGUACAAGCCACUCAUCAUCUGCCUCAGGGAUGAGGUGGAGAGGAAAUGUGAGUUUUUUGAUGGUUACCUGACGUACUCCAAGCCCAGCAUGAAAAUAAAUGAACCGCAUUACUUUCAGACUGAUGUCAAGAACUGCUACUGCAAAUACGUGGGGACAUGUACACCUAUACACUCAGAGUCUGCAAUAAGUGUACCCCUCCAGAAGCUCAAAGAAGAAAUGGCCAUUGCCUUCCCUGGACUGCUUUGCUGUCUUGAUAAGGGCUAUGAUGAAUCUAACUUGAGCCGAAUAACAAAAUUGUGGGAGGAAAUACAAGAAUUUGAAAAAAAUAAAGAUGGUGGUGGUGAGAAUCAAGCUUCCCAAAACUUCAUCCUUGCCAACAUCAUCUUAAGCAAAGUUGAAACAGCAUCUCCAAAACUUACCCCUUUGCCAAUCCUAAGAAGAACUCUGGAGAGACAUCUAUUGGCCAAUUACGGUAACCAAACCCCAGAGGUUUACCUCUUAGUCCUUUUGCUGUUUUGGCCCGAGGAGCAUAAGAAAAUAGGAUUCAAUAUUGACCUCAAUGAACGUAUUAUUGAGAUGCAAGACUCCUACAACAACACAUACAAGAAACAUCUUCGCUCAAGGUACCUUCGCCCCCUUAUUUUCCUGGGAAAGGGUGAGGGUUUGAGCAGAUUGGUUCAUAGAUCAAAAAUAGACAACCUGUUCGUAGAGGAGAAUCCAAUGGCAAGGCCAGAGGCAAGGACAGACACUAUAGAUCAAAAGUGGAGCAGUGGUGAGGUGUGGAGAGAACCCAGUGUCCAGGACCUUCUUCUUCCAGUCAAUGGAGUGGUUAGACAGCACAGCGUGUUUGCGCGCGUUGAUGGCAAGGAGAUUGAAGUUUGUGCCGACCAACAAAGCAAAGUUUGGAGGUCUGGAAAUGUCUGCUUCUACCUUGGCUUCACCAUUAGAGGUCCUGUGGCCUAUGGCAUACAGUACCCAUCCCAUCACGGACAUUUCUUCCAUUCAGAUCGGAUGACAGGGGAGGUACCUCGUAAAAUGUUGGAAGUACCUGAUAUCAAAUCGAUCAAAGACGAGCCCGUGAGAAGCUGCACAACAUGUGCCAAUGUCAUGGAGUCUACCAACUGGAUUCAGGUUGAACCUGUGGUCAUCAUUGAAGAAGCCCCAAUGUUCAGCAUGUCUCCCCCGGGGCGCUACGAGUGCAGAGUAUCAGGGCUCCGGUGGGUGUGUAAAACCUAUGUCAGUCUGAAGUAUCAAUUCAGCUCCUGGGAACCUCACAGGGCAAUGAUGAAAAGCUUGGGGUACAAGCAAGUUGGCCCCCUAUUGGACGUCACAAUCCUUGCAGGAGAACUGGAAGAAGUGCAUCUGCCACAUUUUGCCUGUUUCGGCGAUGAUCCCUCCUUCAAAGAGAAAGUGAGAGUUCUACAUGUAGAAGACUGUGGUGCGUCCGUAAAACAAGUGGAUGAAGUCACCCGCUUCCACGUCAAGAUCCUCCAUCCAACCUUCUCUCCAAAAGGAGUUCUCGUGAGAUCUGGCUUUCCGCUGAAAGUACACUGUGACUUGCUGCUCUACCAGGCCAAGGCCCCAUCUUGGACAGACUCCUGAAGAGAGGAGUCAUCACUGACAAUGGCUACAGUGACGUGAGAUCUGAAAGAACCAAACAGAAGAAGAUGAGGGAGCUCUUUGAUGGGCCCCUGACAGGAUGUGGCCCCAAAGGCAAAGAUAUUUUCUUAGAGAUCCUGAAAGAGCAGGAGCCAUUUCUAAUCAGAGAAUUGAAGGGUGAAUGAGAAGCUGAAUACAUUUGAAGUUUAAUUUUAGGGGAAAGGACACGGAUGACAAGACUCCUAGACAGGGGUUAUCGCUGGCGAGGGCUAUGAUAAGUUGAUGGCUAAAUGCACCACCCAGGACCAGAUGAGGACGCUCUACUCAGGACCAACAACGUUAAGUGGCACCAAAGACACCUUCUAUGUCAUCCUGGAGUAGCUUCUAUCAUCCCUGAUCGAUGAACUAUUCAUUGACAAACCACCUAUAAUCAUUGAUAGGUGAAUGAAGAAGGAGUGGUGAAAUGUUUCUUUAAAAAGGGGCAGAAAUCUGAUGGCCAUUUCACUUUGUUUCUUUGUGUGUUAAUGACUUUGUGAAAAUAAUCACAAAUGUUUAAAAGAAAACACUUUUUUAUGGAGGGUUGGAGUUUGAUUAGAAUUGCAUUUAUUUAUUUAGAGACAAGAAAAUAUAUAAAGGAAAGAUUUUAAAGAAAAAUGUAAUGACUUAAUUUAGGCAACUAUGUGAAUGACAAGUCAGUGAUGGUAAGGAAUACCAGUGAUCAGCAUGUCAAUCAAAAUACAAAUAUAUAACAUUGUAAAGCUUUAUUCAACAGCUUAUAACAGCUGUUUCUAUCACCCGUACUGGGCAGGCGUGUCCUCCCAAGCAUCAAUAUGGCAAACUCUUACGAGUGGCUUUGUUUGUGUCUUGUAAAGUAUUGCAUUAAAGCAAACCCUCUGCCACA